GAUUAGUGAUUGACAGCGAAGGGAACCAAUGGAAAGGCGGAAUGUCGAAGAGUCCUCCCAUGUCGCCCUUUGAACAAAUGAGAAUUAAAUAAAGCAAUGACAGACAACUGGCAAUAUCCUAUUAAAAGUAAAGGAUCCGCCUUCAGGGAUCGGUUGCCCUCACAGAUUGGUUGGUACAUCGCGCACACACAGAAGUCGGUUUUCCGUACGGGUUGUGGGCGAGUUGAGGCUGCGAGCGGUUGCUUCCUUUUUCCGCGGGAUAACCUUGGAUUCGGAGUUUCUCUGGAAAUCUCAAGUUCCCUCUCAUCUUGAGGGUCCCCCCUAAUUCCCAGAGCCCUGCAGAAUCCAUGGAUUCCCUCCUUUUCCUCUGCGCCCGCCGCGUCGUCGAUCACCGCCCUCUUCCCGCCCUUCCUGCCGAUCUGUAUCACGUCCUUUUCCAAGCGGCGUUCCUGGAUGGAAGAACCCUGGUCCUGCGGGAUUUGGUGGCCACUUGGCCUUUCCCACUGCUCCACUUGCAGCGGCUCGUGGGGCACCGGCAGGUGCUCCGGGAUCAUCCCUGCAACCUCUGUGUCCAGGCCGUCAUCCAGGCCGUGGUGGCGCAGCUCCGGCAGGAGCUGGAAAAGCCCGAGUGCAAUUUCAGCCUGCGCAUGCUGGACAUGACCGGACUCUCGGAUUCCGUGGCCGGCCGCACUACCACCGGGUUGAGCGUCUGGUCCAGCACCAAGGCUUUGGCAAAGGCUUGUGUCAAGGCGUCCAAGCAGCAGCGGGAAUUCCAGAGGCGCAGAUCCAAACGGCACAAAGGCCGCUCCGGAGCCGCCACAGCCGCAGCCACGUCAGCUCUGCAGCCCCCAGGCGUGGACGUCCACACCGACCUGUUUGUCGACAGGCGUACCUACAAGAUCCUGCGCGAUGCUCUCCAGGCUGGAGCUGCCAGCCCGCUGCGCCUCAAGUGCCGUGAAUUCAAAGCCGUGGACAUUUCGGCUUCCGAGAUUGUGACUUUGUUGGAAUCUCUGGAUCCAUCCUGUCUGCGAAGGGUGGAACUGUGCUUCAACAAUUUGGGAUUGAGCGGGCUCUCGGUGAUCCUGCCCCACCUCUCGCGCUUCCCGGAGCUGCGCAGCCUCAAGGUCCGGUACAGCAACGUGGACGUGCGGCACCUGAUGCCAAAAUCGGCCAUGAGAAUCCGGUCUGUGGCCAGACAGCUGGGAAUGCUGCCCAGCCUCCGGGAGCUCAACCUGGGAUCCUCCCAGCUCUCCGGGAAUCUGCGCCAGAUCCUCUGCGACCUCCAGGCUCCGUUGGAAAGUUUGGAAUUGGCCUUCUGCUCCCUCGUUCCCGCCGACCUCGCCUUCCUCACCCAAAGCAUCCAUGCGCCAGCCCUCAAAAAGUUGGAUCUGAGUGGCCACGACUUCUCCCAAGGCCUCCUGGAGCCGCUCCGGCUGCUCCUGGAGGAAACCUCAGCCUCGCUGCUGCACCUGGAUCUCAUGGAUUGCUACAUGGAUGACUCCAACCUGGAGGUGCUGCUCCCGACGCUCCUGCGCUGCUCCCGCCUGCGCUUCCUGGGACUCUACGGCAAUUCCCUAUCCACAGCUGCACUCAAGGAUCUGCUCCAGAAAACCUUGGAGCUGGUGGAUCUCCACGUGGUCGUGUAUCCCGUCCCCGAGGAUUGCUACAAACCGGACCAGCAGGAAUCCGGUUGGGAUUUUGUAGUGGAUAAGGAGCUUUUGACGGCAGCCACAGCGGAGAUUUCCCAAAUCUUGGAGAAUUCUGGGAGAACCGACCUCGUCUGGACUUAUAAUCCCUGCGUUCAUGGAGCCCUGGACUACUUUUCCUUGUGAUUUGCGUAAACCUCAGAGACAGGAAAAGCUCGGAGCCUCCAUCAUGGAAGAGUGCUGCCACCUCCCUCCUGAUAUCCAGAUGUUUUCCGCCUCCUCCCAGUGGUUUUUUCCUUCAAUUUUGAUGCUUUUCUGCCUUUUGUUUGUUUUUUCUACCCCAUCCCAGAUUUUUCUGUGGAUUUGUAGCUUUUCUGCCACAUUUUGAGGUUUUACAUCCCCACCCCAAUAGUGUUCCCCUCAUCCUGAUAUUUUCCACCCUCACCCCAGUAGUUUCCUGCCUUACGCCAGCAUUUUUCCAUCCCAUUUCUCGAUUUUUUUUUUUUGCCAAUCUGGUGUUUUUUCCAUCAGGAUUGGCUUUGCACAGCGAAAUUUCAGGAGGCUCUGGGGCUGGAUUCCACGGGAAGCUGCCGGGAGCUUCUCUCAUGUCCAGCAAAUCCCAUCAGGAACUCCAGAGAUGUCUCUGGAAUAUGAAAUGAGUCGCAAACAAUCAAUCAUUGCACAGCUGGAAUUCCAGAGCAGGAAUUUGGGACAUGAAUGACUCUGGAGAUGAAUUGCUAAAAUUACGUGGUGCAUCCAAAGGGAAGCUCAUCCUGGAGCUGGAUACUGGGAGGGACCUGCGGAUGCAUGGGAAAAGGAGCAGAUUCCUGGCAGGAAUUCCAUAGAGAAAAAAACCUUUGGAGCAGGAUAUUGCUGACAUAUUCACCUCCUGGAAAGGUCCAUGAGGAAUUGUCAUGGGAAUGACACAUUGCAGAAAUCCUUGGAAAACUCUGUCCAUGGAAUGGAUUUGCAUUAGAAAAUGACUUGAAAAGUGACCUUGGGAUGGAUUCAAGGAGAAAUCCAUGAAGAACUCCCCUGGGAUGGGCCCCAGCUCUCAGCACUGCUGGAGGGAUUGAGGGAAAGCCAAGAAAGAAUGAAUUGAGGAGGGUAAAGUUGGAUUUGGGGUCCUGUUACCCUGCUCUGAUCCUGAUGGAAAUAAACUCAUCCUAUCCCAGA